AUGGGUCUCCUCCGCCUCCUCUCCGCCAGAGCGAGUGAGAGCGUGACGGCAUCCGACCUUGCCAGAGAGUCCGGCUACGAUGAAACCCUAAUCGGCACGAACCUAGCCCGUAUUAUGCGCAUGAUGACUGCACUGGGACUCGCCACCGAAACCGGCUACCAGAGCUACCGCGCCAACGCGCGAACCAUCUGUCAGUCCGGCCCAGGCUCAAUCGGGGGUUUGGUCAUUGCCCAAAUUGACCAAUACCUCCACCAGCCCAAACCCUGCGCCACCGACGAGUCGCCCGCUUCCUACACCUUCGCCAUGCGGGAAACACUCUGGAAGACCCUCUCCACAGACCGGCAAGUACAGUACCCGGUGCGGGAGCGCCUCCUUCUUCUGUCUCCCACCAAUCUGGAGCAAUUCUUGAAGCCAUUCACCAUUGUCGACAUUGGCGGGUCCCAGGAAGUAGACCUCCAGCGAUUCGCAACGGCAUUACCCGACGUGCCAUGUGAGCUGAUCCUCCAGGAUCUCCGCGAGACCGUAAACAUGAUCCCCCUCGGCCUCGAUCCGAGGAUUCAGCCGAUGGUGUAUGACUUCUUUACGCCGCAGCCAGUUAAAGGGGCGGAUGUCUACUACCUCAACUCAAUCCUGCACGAUUGGAACGACGAGGCAGCCCGGAAGAUCCUGUCGAACACGGCCCAGGUGAUGGGCCUACACUCGCGGUUGCUGAUCAAUGAAAUGGUGCUGGCGGAGACGGGGGAGACGCUGGCGCGGGCGGAUAUGCACAUGCUGAUGUGGCUGCCUUGUAACGGGAUGGAGCGGACGAGGCGGCAGUGGGAGGAGUUACUGGGUGUCGAGCCCCUCUUGCAAAUUGUGGCGGCUCUAGCCGUGGCCGACAGCGACUUCAAACUUUGA